GCACGGCCGCUCCGCUCCCCUCCAGCCCCCGCCGGGUUUUGGGAAGAGGAGGAGGAGGAGGAGGGAGGGAGGGAGGGAGGAAGGGGGGGGCCGGCUGCUGCUUUUUCCCCCCCCUUCAUCCCCCCCCACACCGAUGCCGCCAGCGUGAGGCUGCCGGGACGAUGCUGCCGCUGCUGCCGCUGCUGCUGCUGGGCGCCCCGGGGCUGAGCCUGCCCUCGGGGGGGGCCCCGGCGGACACCGACCUGGUCACCCCCCUCCGCCUGGACCCCGACAUCAACGGGCGGCCUUACUACCGCCGAGGUCCCGCCGAGCCCCCCCGGGGAGAGCAAGCGGUGGUUUUCCAGCUCUCGGCUUUCGGGGAGGAUUUUUACCUCCACCUCACCCCCGACGCCCAUUUCAUCGCCCCCGCCUUCGCCACGCACUACCUGGGGGUCGCUCCCGGGGCCGCCCGCCCCCUCCCCGGUCUCCGCCACUGUUUUUAUUCCGGGGAUGUCAACGGCGAUCGGGAGUCCUUCGCCGCUCUCAGCCUUUGCGGGGGGCUCCGGGGGGCAUUUGGCUACCGGGGGGCUGAAUAUGUCAUCAGCCCGUUGGCUGGGGGGGCCGGUGGAACCCAUCGCCUGCAGCGCCGCAGCCCCGCUCACCCCGUGGGGACCGGAGCAUCCCGCUGUGCCGUGGGCUCCGGGCUCACCCCCGGGGUGCUGCAGGCGCUGGACAAAUAUCGGGGACGCGGCGGGGGGAAAGGGGGUCGAGCCAAGCGCUUUGCCUCGGUGCCGCGUUACGUGGAGACCUUGGUGGUGGCCGACGAGUCAAUGGUGAAGUUCCAUGGGGACGACCUCCAGCAUUACCUGCUCACCCUGAUGGCCACGGCCGCCCGCCUCUACAAGCACCCCAGCAUCCGUAACCCCAUCCAGAUCUCCGUGGUCAAGUUCCUCCUCAUCGGGCAGGAUGACAAAGGGCCCAAAGUCACCAGCAAUGCCGCCCUCACCCUCCGCAACUUCUGCGCCUGGCAGAAGAAAUGGAACAAGGUCAGCGACAAGCACCCCGAGUACUGGGACACCGCCAUCCUCUUCACCAAGCAGGACCUGUGCGGUGCCACCACCUGUGACACGCUGGGGAUGGCGGAUGUGGGCACCAUGUGUGACCCCAAGCGCAGCUGCUCCGUCAUCGAGGACGAUGGGCUGCCCUCGGCUUUCACCACCGCCCAUGAGCUGGGCCACGUUUUCAACAUGCCCCACGACAACGUGAAGGCCUGCGAGGAGGUCUUUGGCCGGCUGAAGACCAACCACAUGAUGUCCCCUACCCUCAUCCAGAUUGACCGUGCCAACCCCUGGUCGGCCUGCAGCGCUGCCAUCAUCACCGACUUCCUCGACAGCGGCCAUGGAGACUGCUUGCUGGACCAGCCGACCAAACCCAUCCCGCUGCCCGAAGACCUGCCGGGGAGCAGCUACAGCCUGAACCAGCAAUGCGAGCUGGCUUUCGGGGUGGGCUCCAAGCCCUGCCCCUACAUGCAGUACUGCGCCAAGCUCUGGUGCACCGGCAAGGCGCGCGGGCAGAUCGUCUGCCAGACCCGACACUUCCCUUGGGCUGACGGCACCGGCUGCGGCGACGGGCGCUUCUGCCUGAAGGGUUCCUGCGUGGAGAGGCAUAACAUCAGUAAGUACAGGGUGGACGGUGGCUGGGCCAAGUGGGCGCCCUAUGGGCAGUGCUCGCGGAGCUGCGGCGGUGGCGUGCAGCUGGCCAAGCGGGAGUGCACCAACCCCGUCCCCGCCAACGGGGGCUCCUACUGCGAGGGUGUUCGCCUCAAGUACCGCUCCUGCAACCUGGAGCCCUGCUCUGCUGCAGUACCGGGAAAGAGCUUCCGUGAGGAGCAGUGUGAGGCUUUCAAUGGCUACAGCCACAGCACCAACCGCCUCACCGCCUCUGUCUCCUGGGUCCCCAAGUACUCAGGUGUCUCGCCCCGGGAUAAGUGCAAACUCAUCUGCCGGGCUAAUGGCACUGGCUACUUCUACGUGCUGGCACCCAAGGUUGUGGACGGCACCCCUUGCUCCCCAGACUCCACCUCGGUCUGCGUUCAGGGCAAAUGCAUCAAGGCGGGCUGCGAUGGGAAGCUGGGCUCCAAGAAGAAGUUCGACAAAUGCAGCGUGUGUGGAGGAGACAACAAGAGCUGCAAGAAGGUCUCGGGCUUGUUCACCAAACCCAUGCACGGCUACAACUUCGUGGUGGUCAUCCCCGCCGGCGCCUCCAACAUCGACAUCAGGCAGCGCGGCUACAAAGGGCUGAUCAGCGAUGACAACUACCUGGCGCUGAAGAAUGGGCAGGGCAAGUACCUGCUGAACGGCCACUUCAUCGUCUCGGCCGUGGAGAGAGACCUGAUGGUGAAGGGCAGUGUCCUGCGCUACAGCGGCACCGGCACCGCUGUCGAGAGCCUCCAAGCCUUCAAACCCAUCCAGGAACCCUUGACUUUGGAGGUGCUCUCCGUGGGGAAGAUGACCCCUCCCCGCGUACGCUACUCCUUCUACCUCCCCAAGGAGAGCAAGGAGGACAAAUCCUCCUACAAGAAGGAGGGCAAGACCCCGCCGGACCUCAACAACAGCGUCCUCAGCCUCUCCAACCGCUUGGACAGCGGGCGGCCGAGCUACAAGCGUCCCUCCUACAAGUGGGCAGCGGGCGGCUGGGAGGCUUGUUCCGUCACCUGCGGGGACGGCUUGCAGAAGCGCUCGGUGGCUUGUCGCGACUCCCACGGCCACCCGGCCGCCGAGUGCGACGCGGCGCAGCGCCCGGCUGACGUGCGGCUGUGCGGGGAGCCCUGCCCGGCCUGGGAAGCUGGGCCGUGGUCCCCGUGCUCCAAAAGCUGCGGCCGUGGUUUCAAGAGGCGGGCGCUGAAGUGCGCGGUGCCGGCCGGGCGCUCGCUGCCCCGGGAGAGUUGCAAUUUUCGGAGGAAGCCGCAGGAGUUGGAUUUUUGCACCUUGAGGCCGUGCUGAAGGGGUUUGGUGGUUCCUCUGGCUGGAUGCAGGCAGGGGGUGGGAGAGGGGGAGAUGUCCAUAGCACAUAACGAAUGGGGAAAAAAAUAUGAAAGAAAAAAUAGGAAAAAAUAUUAAAAAAAGGGAGCUGGGUGUAGGGACAGAGCACGCACACCCCACGCACCCCGGAGAGAGGGAUUUUACCAACCAGGUCGCUCGGAGACAGAGCGGGAAUGAACAUCUACCUCGAAGCUGCCGAACGAUGCAAAAACCCACUGGCGGAGGCUGGAAAUGGAUGGGGGACGGAUGGGAGCGAGGAGGAUUGCUGGAUGGAUCCCAGGACAGGCGGGGAGAUGCCCCAAAAUUGCACAGUCGAAGCCUCCCCCGUCUUCCCAGGGCCAAACCUACCUCCUCCCACCCUGAACCCCCAAACUCAUGCAAAAUGGGACCAAACAAAAGGAUUUACCAAUGCAAAUGAUACAGUCCAUCCACCGGCGUGAUGAGCUGUUGGUCCUGAUGCCUCCAGGACUCGCUGGCCGAUGACUUUGCAGCCCGGAGAGCCCCAGCGGCAUCGCCAAACCGGGCUGGAAGGUGGCGGCUUUAUUUUCAUUUUCUCCUCAUGUUUAUGACCUGACCAGUGUAGAUUGUUUUUUAUGGUGCUUAACUCUGUAAUUGUUUUUAACCUUCUUCUCCCCUGUGGAUGUAAACCUUGUGUCGUGGGGAUGGCGUUAUUCCCAGCGGGCUCUCACCUGGCUGAGGUUUUCCUAUGGUGCUUUGGGAUGGGGCUGUGUGAGCAUCCAAGAUGCUCCUUUACUCCCCGGUGCAGGGCAGGUUGUAAACCCGCCUGACAUUUUUCAGGGCUAAAAAGGGAAUUCCAAAACAAAAAAGCAACAAGCAACUGUACUGUAGUACCACGGCGGGGUCAGGCGCAGCCCCGCCAGUCGCCGGUACGUGAAUUUGCUGUGGAAAUGGUGCUCGCUGCUUAAUGGGACCAGUACGGCAUGCCCAGACAUCCCACCGCCCCCUGCCCUUCGAUCUUUGGGCCAUGUUGGGUUAUUUUUGAGAUAUCCUGAGCUGAACUCUUGCAGAGCUGGGGCAGCAUCCCCAGCGUCGCUUUUGAGCUGCAGGAGCAGAAGAUGAAUUCGGGUCUGGGGUUUUCCUGGGAAAAGGGGCGUGCACAGAAAAGACUGAGCCACUCACUGCCCAGAGCAUCUACAGCCAGUUUUCCCCCCCGAGGUUCCAUGCAAGGGUUUUUUUGGUACCUCAGAUGGUUCUGUAGCAUUGUUGUGGUCAGAGGCUGUUUUACUGUCCUAUACACCGCCCUCUUCCCAACGAGCCUUUAAUGCAUCAUUUGAGUCUCUUGCUCAGAUCUUCCCAUCAGGGACCACUUCACUUUGUUUUGCUUUUCCACUGAUGAAGGUGCCUCUUAAUCUAUGAGCUGGGACUAGUUGGAAAAGACCUUUAAAAUCAUCAAGUCCAACCAUUAACUCAGCGCUGCCAAGUCCACCACGUCCCAAGAACCUCAUCUACAACGUAGAUCCAACCUCCCUGGAUUUAUGUCAUGCCUUUUCGAACACAGGAGUAUUUUGGGUCUCCACGCUGCUCGACAGAGCCAGGAGCAGAUGUUGCGGUCGCUCUGCAGGGGACGGGAUUUAAUGUUCUUGGAAAUCCCUUCCAGGUCUCCAUUCCCAUGAACGUAUCACCCAUUUUUGGAGGGUUUUUCCCUGCGUAGCCAAGCCCGCUGUGCUUUGGUUUGGGGACAGAGCUCCAAGGAGCUGCCCUUUUGUGUCUCGCCAUCCAAGAGAUGGUUUUGAAGCCACCAAGAAAUUGUCUCCCUUGUUCACGGUGGGAGCGAUUUCUUGCGUGUGGUUCUUUUGCCAAGUGUGCAGCAAAAGGACGGAGAUGCCGAUCGUACUGGCUGCUUUGUGUAUACCAUGUAUACUAAAUAUCAAUCUCUGCUGUUUGUGCGUCAAUAGCAAACCUGAAAUAAAACCGUAUUUAAAGUCA